UAAUAAUAAUAAUAAGCAUCGUCAUAAUCAUCAGCCGCAGCAUAAUCAUCAUAAGUGCGUGUGUAGAUGUGUCGCUGCUCGGGGUGAAGUGGCGAAGGCGACAAUGGAUCUUUGCUUGUUGCUAUAAUUGCUGAUGUUUUUUUUAUCUUGCAUUAUACGGCAUCGUUCCGCGACGUCGUGAACAGCAGCAACAGCAGAGUCAUGUCGUAGUCGCCAUUCAAAAAUAGACCAACUGACCGACCGAUGGCCCUCACGAGAACGCUUCAUCGUCAUCAUUACCAUCGUCAUCAUCACAAUCAAAACAAUACUGAAUGCAGUGGAGUGUACCGUUCUGCGGCAGCCGGACAGCAACAACGGCGGCAGCAGCAAGUACAGUCGUCGUCGUCUAUAAUCAGUAACAACACGGACGAGUGCCACUGUCUGGGUCCGAUACGGGCGACAACAGCAGCACCCCACAAUUGUCGUGACGCCGUAGGCUGCAAUUACGACCACUCUGGCCACAGCAGCGGCAGUGAAUAAAGUAGCUGAUAGCGGCGGUAUACAGCUACGGUAACGGCCGCAGUCGUUGCAGCGGGUGUCCGCGAGCGACAUACGAAAAGCACCAGCUCCUGCCAACAACGACGGCGACAACAAUAGCCGAAGGAGAUUUGUUCCGAUCGGCAACGAUUACUGCAGUGGGCAGCUGCAGAAGCUUUCUCUACUUACUAAUCUGUCUGCCCGCUGCACCUGCUGCCCGUAACAGAGGACACUUGUCGCACCUCGUGGCGCUUCCGCCGUUACUGUACCCCCCUGAUUAUUCAUUACUUCCCCACUUCGGUUUAAUUCUCCACCUGAAGCAGCAGUAACAACGGCCGGGAAAGAGGGAGAGAAAUAACAACAUUCGACGACGGGGGCGGGGGCACUUUGCGGAAUAGCUAUCGCGCGCGCAGUUUUAAACAACUCGAUAACUGCCGUCCCCGUCGCGGUUUGGUCACACUGUUAGUUACGUGCUGUGUCAACUGCAGUGGCCGACGCUGGAAAACUGUGCGGUGGAAGUAGCAGUAUAGUACGGCCGCGACCCCAGCAGCAGCGACGACAACAAGCGACAGCACCGAUCAACUGCACAGUCGUACAUUGAAGCGAGCCCAUAGUAUCACAGAGCUUUGCAGUGGCAUCAUCUUAGCGGCUGCCUCGGCUGCGGCUGCUCGUCUCGGGAACGCCAACGAGGAGGACGACCGGCCGGCGGGCCGGCCGGACGUCGUAUCAGCAUUGCAACGACGAGGACGACCGCAGCAGCAGCAGCAGCAGCGACUGUCGUCUGUUGCGGUAUGAGAAGGCGUGAGCUAAAGGCGAGUGACUCCGUACUGUCAAUGGAUUGUAGCCAAAGUGUCAUUUGUAACACGUCGAUCAACAAUCAACCUUGCGAUAGCUGAACUCAAAGUCAUUUGGAAUUCUGGCCAUCAUUCGAGUUAGGAAGGUGUCGCUUGCAGUAUAAAUAACCGGACUGGCUGACAGGACGAAUCAAGCACGGGCAACACGUGGAGAAACAAGAAGGAAAAGAUCGGAACAGACAGACACACGUAAUAGCGGCAGACAGUGCAGUACGGUGAUCGUGGCAUAUACCUUGGCGCACCUCCACGUUGUUCACCGUUCUUGUAAUUUACGAGAGCAUUUGCAAUAAAGAUUUCCCUGGCGCAGCGAUCCUUUGUCUUUGGCUGCAUGGCUGGUGUUUAUAUGUGUCGCAUCAGGCGUAUGACUUCGCGAUCUGUCAGUUGUGCACAUGUUCGGCAUUUCCUCGAACAGCCCGUGAAUUUAGUGACAGAAAUACCCACAAAAGCGUAUAAAUAGACAAACACAGAUUUCCAGGAAAGGAGAAAAAGAAACGACAGUAGAAGCAAUUGCGACAGCAGCGGCAGUCUGUUGUUACUCAGUCAGCGGCGGUGGUCCGAUUUCAUAUCAAUACUACCUACAUACCCACCUUCAGCGGACUCUGCUUUGUCAGUCUGGGCGCGUAUAUUCGUAAGACGCUGCUACGCCUUUACGUAACGUGGCUCGACUCCAGCAACUGGACAUCUGGGCUCACAGCACUGUGUCAGCCCGUCAGGUGUGUCCUCCACGCGCUCUGAAGCCACAGAGGCCAGCGUCAACGUCUUUGCUGUACACUAGGUUGUGGUUGUAGGCCUCAAAUGGAAUAAAAUAGUCGGCCUCUGGUUUUUUCUGACUAUCCUUGUCAUCCAGGCUCAAGCAGGUGUUCGCGUUUCGUUUAUUCCAAGAAAUUCACCGGGUUCACAGAAUUUCUCUCGACGACGUCAACGACAACGGUCCGUCGUCGAUCUCGUUGCGCUACUACUUUCUUUCCCCUACUUACGAGUGUGAAUCGAAGCCACCUGAAUCUUUCGCAUGUGUCACAGAAGCCAUACCGGUGGAACAGUGCCGACCUCAAAGGAGCUAACAUUGCGAAUAACGGACCUCAUUACCGAUGGAAACGAUAAACUGAUCUGUUCAAGUUGGUGUUCUUAGUAGUGGCCGAUAACCGAAAAAACCGCUCGUGGAGGGAGAAAGUGAAGGUGUGAGAGAGAAGGAAAGAGCGUUAUCGUGCUUAUACAUGAGCUGCACCGGCUCAACGUGCCAACGAAAAAGAAGUGCACGAGUGUACAACGUCAAGUGAGGUGAGGCGUCAAUUGAAGUGAUUGUGUUGGUCAUUGGUGGUUGUGCCGUGGUCCGUGAUUUGUGCGCUGCUCGAUCGGAGGCUGAGGAAUAUUAUGUGAGCCCGGUGGAGCUCGCUGCCGUCCAUUCGGGCCAGCCGCAGCAGCUCCAGCGGCAACGGCAGCCCCAGGCGAUCAACAGCAGCCACCAACUGCCCCAGCAGCAGCAGCAACAGCAGGUUACCACACAACACAUGGAUAGCCGAGCGCUCAGGCCGGGCCAUGAGGCGGCGUCGUCGCCGUUCAAACACGGCCAUCGCGGCAUGAGCAGCCCGCCUGGGGCAGCUCGUGGCUACCCAUUCCCAGGCAGCGGAGGUGUGGCAAUAACGGGCGUUGGUGGGGUAGGCGGAGUAGCCAGUGUGGGAGCGGUACUGGGUGCUGGAGGUGACCCAGCGCGGCCCUCUCCUUAUCCGCUCUACUUACCAUCAUUUCGCGACUCGGACGUCGCUGUGGCAGCCUUUCAUCAGUCACCUGAUUUCCAGCUGCAGUUAGCGCGGUAUCAACAAUUGGCCGCCCAGCAUGCUGCCCAACAGCAUGCGGCACAAGCCGCCCAGGUGGCUCACGUCCAACAGGCUGCUGCCGCCGCUGCCGCUGCCGCCGCGGCGGUGCAUCAUGCAGGUCGCGAUGAUGCACCGGUUGUCCGCCGGCGACCCUCGUUGCUGCCGCCAGGAGGCAUGCACGACUGGUCGGAACACAACGGAGGCGGUUCUGCCCAUCGCAGCAGUCUCGAGGUGGCUGCGGCGGCCGCAGCAGCGGCGGGAGGAUAUGGCCCUGUGUCGGCGCGCGCACUGUAUGCGAAUACCGCUUUGGUUGAUGGCCAGGGUGGCGUCAGUAUGGCGGGGCUGCCGCCAGGCGUCGCAGGAGUGGAUCCACACAAACGGCCCCGUCUCUCACAGCCACUUGUCAUUGAUACAUCGGUUGGAGGGGGCGGAACAGCCGGCGGAAUUAGCGUUAAAAAAGAACCUGCAUAUAUUCCUCAAGUUGAGGCUAUCUCGCCAACGUUACCAGAAGAGCGUAGCUCAAAGGAUGAAUUGGUAGCUCAGAUAAACAAGUUGGAUAGAGAGAUUAGCCAGCUAGAGAGUACGACGAAUAAGAUGCGGAAGAAGCAAGCUGAUCUUGAAGCACAUGAGACGAGAAAAGGUGCGGAAGGUGACGAGUGUGCUACGGGCACCGAACGACAAAUGACUCCGGCGCAGGUCGUCUACGCGGACAACCGCUCGAAGGCUCAGGCCGCACAUGCUUUGCUCAACGGCUUCGGCCCCAAAAUAUCGCUUCCUUUGUACAAUCAACCGACGGACACGGCCGUAUACCACGAAAACAAAAAGAAGUUCGCUACCUUCAAGAGUCGAUUAAGUGCGUUCCUCAAACGGCGUCACCAGGAGACGUCCAAGCGAGACGAGUACCUGAGUAAAAACUACACGCACCAGAUGGGACUAUGGAUUAAGAAGCAAGAACGGCACAUUGGCAACAAAGCAGCCGCGGCAGCUCGCCGCGUUAAGGACCAGAAGUUGCGCGAAUUCUUCGAGAAGCAGUUCCCUGAGUUGAAGAAGCAACGCGAGGAGAAGGAGCGCUUCUCGCGCGCCGGUCAAAGGGUCCGCAGUGAUGCUGAGAUGGAGGAGAUCAUGGAUGGGAUCCAACAACAAGAGGACGAGGAGAAACGAAUGCGUUCGUACGCCGUCGUCCCACCCCGACUGCUCGAUCGUUGGGAGCGUUCAAUACGUUUCCUUUCAGAGAAUUCUCGAGUAGACGACCUGGCGUCCGAAUAUAAGGAACGCCAAUCUCUUACUCACUGGACGGAAGCGGAGAAGGCAAUCUUCCGCGAAAAGUACGUCCAAUUCCCUAAGAACUUCGGCUCGAUAUCGGCGUUUAUCGAAAGGAAAACUACUGCCGACUGCGUCCAGUACUAUUACAUGUCGAAAAAGAGCGAAAACUACAAGCGUCUCGUACGGAAACACAACGCGCGGAAACGAACGCGCAACAACAAUGUCGCCAGCAAUCGCAGCCAACAACAAAACCAGCAACAGCCCCAGCAGGCGGGGGCUUUGGCAGGCGCCGCCGCCUCGAGUUUGAGCGCAAAUUCAGGCGGUGGUGUGUCUGUUUUGCCCCAACGGCGGCAAGCAGCUUCCUCGGAUAGCAGCAGCGCCUGUACAACUAGCAAUGGGGUUAUGUCACCGACGGAGUGCGCCUUGUGUAAAUGUUCAUUAAUUGUUGGUCCGGGCGGAGUGACGGGGGCUUCAGAGGAAGGAAGCAAUGCUAGUGUUGCGAUUGGAGCGCCGACGCCUGGGGCGACGGCAACAACAGCUGGAGCCGAUGCAGCUACUGCAAUUAGUACCACCGGAUCGGCAGACAACACUGGAGCAUCCGGAAGUGUUGCCGCUAGUGGGUACGUCGAAGACAGCGAAAGUCGUAUAUUAACUAAAGCCAAUUGUGAUCUAUACGGACUGACCGCCGAACAGGUGGUAGCAGCUGGCGGUGAAUUGCGCGUCUGCGCCCGCUGUCGCUUUAACACAAACGAAAACGUUGCGAUGCGACUCUGCCCAAUUGUGGGCUGCGAGAGGCGUGUACGAAGAUUGCGAACACUUCUACCGAGAUGGUUAGAACGGCGCGAUCAGCAAUUAGCAGGGCAGCAGACGGGCGGCCCUGGGUCACCCGAUCUCAAGCAACUAAUACCAAACGGUGUACAUAAAUGCUGCUCGGUAUGCUUCAACAACCUUACGCGGCGUUACGAACCGCACGAGGGCAGAGGACACGCUGAAGCAUGGACUAACGCCGAAGUCGAGCUCAUCCGAACAGCGCUUCGAAUUUAUGGCACAGAUUGGGCAGCGGUCUCUUCUGUCGUUGUAACUAAAUCUCGAUUACUGUGCAAGAAUUUCUAUGCGCUCAAUAAACGGAAACAUAACUUACAUCACAUGGUUAAUGAGUUCCGAAAAGCGGAAGGACGCGAUGAACCCAUGUCAGAAGCGGAAGACGAGGUGGAAGCUUCUACGUUGACGUCCGCGACGAAGCAUUGCACUUCAACAAACGAGAUCAAUAAUGGCAGUGCUAUCAAACAGGAGCCACCGGAAAGAAGGCACAGCACUUCAACUACCAGCGAUACGGCGAGCGCGUGCAGUCCCAAAGACAUCCAGGAAAACGAUGGCAACUGGGAAGCUGGCGUCGUCGACGGCGGAACAACGGAAGGCGCUCGUGAGCGCAGGCGAUCUCAUCACCACCAGCUACAAACAGCAGCAACAGCAAUAGGGGGAGUAGGAUCAGGAGGUUCAAUAGGGUCAGGAGUAGCAGCACAUCAGGCACAGCAGCAUCAACACAGAACACACAGCGUAUCGGAGUCGAACUGUGCUACGGUAGAUGGCUAUGACAGCAGUGCAACUGUUAGUGCGGAUGAGGGGGAGUCGUUGAAUAAGGCCAACGCAAACGCCGCAGUAACAACGAGUACGAGUAGCAGUAAUGCCAGUAGCAGCAUUGCUGCCGGUCUGGCGCUGGGCCAGAACCCUCCGUCGGCAUCUGCACCACCUGUUGCGCCUGUCGCGACACACACGCGAACACCACUGCCGCCAGGCGGUCAUCAUCCAUCUCACGUCGUUGGACAUCACCCACACUCGCAACAGCAACAGCAACAACAACAACAGCAGCAGCAGCAGCAUCAUCACGGCGUGCCCUCACCGCACGCAGUGGCAGCGGCGGCGGCGGCGGCAGCCGAACGAGAUGGUCGGCCAGCGUCUUUACCGUUGCCGUCGCCGACACAUCCACACUCGCUCGUGUCAUCUUCGGCACAUGCGGCGACCUCGUUACGCACUAGCAGCGGCAGUAAUUUAACCAGCGCUGGCGCAAACGACUCUGGCAGCACUGGACCGACGGUGCGUGACCUCAUCUUUCAGACAAUCGAAAUGCAGCUUCAACAGCCGCCGCCAGGAACGGGCGGUGGCAGCAACAGUGGACCAGCACCAUCAUCAUCAUCAUCAUCAUCACAAGGUCCUGUCGCACUUUCUGUGCAUCGACCAAAGCCCGCCCAUACGCCGCAGACAAGCGCGGCCGAUUAUGAGGUGCAAACAUUAGAUCUGUCGAAGAAGCCGGCGCGGUCAACCAGCAGUCCACAAAUCUCGUCCACCGAAUACCGUAAAGUGUCUACGCCGACACGCUCCGUUGUCGAGCAGCUCAGCUAUUCAACUCCACCACCGGCUCACUCGAACAGCUACCGUGCCGCCCCCACACCGCCACCUUCAGCGCGGCAGCGCACGAACACGACUGCGGCGGCAGGUGCCUCUGCUACCAUGGCCCCAACUGUUCUUAGUGGGGCCAAGCAGCAGGGUUCAACCACUGCAUCCGGGCCGCCCCCGUUGAUCUCGAAACAGCAACAACAACAACAACAGCAGCAGCAGCAGCAAUUUGUGAUACCGCCACCUCAACAGGCCGGCGGGUCGAUCACGCAGGGGACGCCGCUCGGUGUCGCCCAUCCAGCCGCCGUGGCCGCUGUCGGCGCGCAGCAGCACCCGGCGUUCGGCGUCACCGUGGGCGGUAGGCACAGCCAGCCGUUCGAGAGAAAGGACGGAUCUAUCACGCUUGGCACACCAAUGGACUAUGGCAAGAAACUCUAUGAGCAGCAACAACAGCAGGCAGCACAACAACAGCAGCAACAGCAGGUACAACAGCAGCAGCAGCAACAACAACAACAGCAGCAGCAACAACAACAACAGCAGGUGACCUCCGCUGCUGCUGCUGCUGCGGCAGCGGCACAAGGGGUUACGGGUGAGCAGUACUAUCGAGCAGUGUACGCAAACUAUGCAGGCCUGCCAACAAGUGCAGCAGCAGCUGCCGCUAUGGCUCAACAAGCGCAAGUUGCACAACAACAAGCGGCCGUACACGCCGCACAGGCAGCUGCAGCAGCGGCUGCCAAUCAGAGCGGCGGGGGUGGUGGACGGGCAGCGACUUCGCAGCUGAUGAUCGACUUCAACACAUCGAAGCAGAUGCCACAGAGACGAGGCGGCGGCGGUGGUGGCAAUGAGAAAGCUGGCCGGGAAACGCCGCCCGUUGGCUUUCCAGGUGUCCUUGGUGUGGCCGGAGGGCCCCCAACCACUGGUCAUGCGUUCAUGCCCCCGCCGAUGGAUCGACAGAACGUUAUUCGCUGGCAAACAUCGGCAACGAAAAGUGUCAUCCAGGCUCCCGCGACGAAAUCGCGCUCGCCUUCCACGCAUGACCCGUUUCAAACACUGGUAAACGCCGCUGCGGCCCAACCUUCGCUUGUCAUUCCUCCACCUGGCGGCGGUGCUAGCGGAAAGGAGAGCCAUUCCGACAGAACGACACCCACGAAGCGAUCAGCCGAAGGCCUUGAGAAGUCCCUGCUAGAGAUGCAUGGCCAUUUAGGUGGUAGAGCGAGUCAGGCGGUAGGUCCAAAUAGCCAUCAUGGAGGGCAUCCGGUACAUGGGCCACAUCAGGGCCAAAGCCAUCCCCAUCCAGGUUCGCAUCCUAUACAGGCUCAUCCCGCUCAACAGAUGCGUUUAUUAGCAACAGCAGGCCGACCUCCACCUGGCCGCGUCGAACCCUUCAGUAAGGAGCAAUUCGAGAAAGAGAUGCGACAGUCGCACCGAGCCGAAGCUGACAGCGGCGAGACGGCGCAGAGGAUCUUUAGUGCAUCUUUUGCAAAGGACAACGCCCCGAAGAAUUCGGGUGGAUUAACAGCGGCCAAUCUUAUUGAUGCAAUUAUCACACAUCAGAUCAAUCAGGGUGAUCCGAAAACACUGAUUUCAUCAUUUAAUUCAGGCCCGCCACCAGGCACAGGCCCGCCCCCUGAGAAAGUGCCCCGCAUUGAGUUAGCAACCCCACCGGCCACAUUAGAUUGUAAAGAUCAAAGUGUCUCGUUGUCGCAGCAUAUUGCCGCUAUGAUCCAAAAGAACAUCUCGCACUCGGCCCCAGUUGAUCCGUCGCCAGAAUCUUGGAAACUGCGCAAGGCACUUACUCCACAGGCGCCUGGCGCAGGCUCGGUCGGUGCCGGUGGAGGCGGCGGUGUUGAGACGCCAGGUGUUGGCGUAGAUGCUGGCCCUCCGCCAUCGCGAGUACGAACACCGGCAAUUUCGCCGCUCGACUACAUGAAGACACGUAUCGAGGAGGCAAUGCGUGAACCACAAGAACGAAGUCCGCGGCCGACCCCAACACCUCCAAGCCGGCCAAGCUCAAGUCAGCCACCACCGAUCGCUCAGAUUCCUGCCUUGGGUCCCCGUGCGACACCGCCUACAACACCACAGCAGCAGGCCGGUGUCGGUCCCGGAGGACCAGAACCCCGCUCCAGCCCGGCGGAGAUGGUUGUUGACGAGGCAGGUGGUGGCUAUGCGUACCCUUAUAGUGCGCUCGGUGUGCGACUCGCUACCGUGGGUGUACCUAGCGUCCCUGGAGGUGCCCCACAAGGUCCAGCAACAACAGCAGCAGGAGGCGGGGGAGGAGGAGAUUAG